AUGGGUGCCUCGCGCCGGGGCAACGGGGCAGGUGCCAACACUAGCAUAGGCGGCGGCAACGCAGACGUGCUAGGCGGCGGCGCAGCCCCGCAAUACUCGCGCGUGAACUCCAACGAGGCCGUCCCUGGAGUGGUCUACCGGGCAGCGGUGCCGAGCAGCAUCCGGGCGAUGGCCGUGGACCCGGUCGAACCAGUAGUGUGGACCGCCGUCGGCGACGAUCCGCUCGCGGCGUUGCAUCUCAGCGGACGCGAGCUGACGCACUCGAAGUCCGUGAAAGACAUUGAUCAGGUGCACUGCAUGGCGGUGGUGCGGAUCGCUGAGGAGCAGGCGACCACCUUUAAGUCCGCCUCGACGUCACCUCGCACGGGGGGCACGACGCCGAAGGGCGCAAAGGCGGGGAAGCGGAAGAAAGGCGGUCGCAGCAGCUCUGGCGUCCGCAAGUCUGGGAAGCAGCGCGCUGGCAGUAACGGCGUCUUUCUGGGUCGCGGUUUCGCCAGUGGCCUUGGUGGCGAGGAUGGCAUGGGAAAUCGCGGGAACAGCGACGAUGAUGACGGCUACGGCGACGACGCGAUGGGUAGCGGCAGCCCGGUGAGCCACGACAAGCAAGGGGUGCGCUUCUCCAACUACUUGUGGUGCGGCCUGAGCCGCGGCCACGUGGCGGUGGUGAACAUGUCGAACUUGGAGUACCAACUCAUCCACAACGCGCACAGCCAGACGGUCAACAAGAUCUGGUACUGGGAGGCAUGCAACAAGGUUUGGACGGCUGGGCGAGAGAAGGGCGUGCACGUCUGGGAUCCGCAGCGGCGGGCGGUGCUGAAGCGGCGCAACAUCGCCGCCAUUCUGACCGACGCGACGUACGCUGAGUCGACGGGCAAGGUGUUCGCGGUGGCCGGUGACGCCUGCGUGCGUGUGUUUGAGCCGAGCGGAGAGAACGUGAACGUCCCCAAAGGGCAGGAGAACCGCAUCCGCAUGAAGCUGGACGCCUCGGUCAUCGAGUACCACCGCAACUCCGGCUUCGUGUGGGUGGGCCUCGCCCGCGGCAGCGCCCUCAUGAACACGAGUACCCUCGAUGUGGAGCGCACGCUCCCGUACACCUUCAGCGCCAUCCUCUUUAAAGGCAACAACGCUAUCAUUGCUGGCCAGGAGUCGCCAAGCGGGGAGGGGCGACUGAUGGUGCUGGACGUGACGAACCCGAGAGAGCCCUCCGUGUUGGCGUACAGCAAGUUCGCCGGUGCCCUCCCCCUCGGCCUUCACAUUGUCCCACGCACCCGCUUCGCGGUGGUGGCGCAGGACGACCAGAAGAAGGGCUGCAUGAUGGCCGUGUUCGUGUACGACGGCACAAUCGCGUUGACGCACGCGACCGCGUCUGGCGGCGCACCCCCGCAGCGGACCGAGUGGGUGCCUCGGGGGGCAGCGAUGGCGACGACUGUCGGCACCGCCUCACCCCCUGCGCAGCCUGCUACACAGACAUCAGAUCAGACCGGUGGUAACAGUGCCAUAACAGCUACCGCGAUACCACCGGCGGUGAGCAACGUUACGCACAGCGCAGUCACCGUUGCCACGGUAGACAGAGCCACGCUGCACCACCGAGGGGCUGUGGUGAAGGCGUCGCCGGACUACCGCACCGACCGCAAGUUGGCGGUGGAGGCGGAUCGAUCCUCGCUGGUGGAGGCGAUCGCGCCGGAUGCCCAGGACAUCAAGAACGCUCUGAAGCAUCUUGUCAAGACCACAGAUGAGGUGCGGCAGUCUCUGGUUCAGCAACGCUCCGCCGAGGCAACUCUAGCGGACUUCAGCCGGGUGUUGCGCGGGCGGCAGCAGUGGCUCUUGGAGCAGGGCUCGCUCACAAACCUUCCCGUGCUUCCGAGUGCUGUGGCAGACCGCAUCGAUCGCGACUACGCAACCGCCGAAGGGAAGACGAUUGCCACGUCCAUCGAGCAGCUGCAGCAGCUGUACACCGCCGCACUGGCAAAGCAUCAAGAGCUGGUGCACAGCAGAGAGUCCGGCGACGGUGGCCACGAGAGCGGGGCAGUGGCGCUGAGUCUUCCAGGGGCGUCGCCGCCAUCGGCGGUGGUCACGUCGCCUCUCGUGCCCAGCAGCAGCGCGAAAGACCGGGGAGGCGACGCGGCGGCGCUGCGAGUAGCAGCCGGGAGCGGACACCACCAGCCUGGUGUGCAUCUCGUGGAGGGGGACAGGUUGCCUGACGGCUACUCCCCUCGGCAGAGCGGCGUUUCCGCUUGUGGGUCAGGGGCAGGGGAUGCCGCGGUUCCUCCAUGGGCGCUGCAGCUCGCCUCCACAUUGCAGCGGGAGCGGGCGCUGCGUGCGCAGCAGUUGAACGCGCUGCAGCUCCAGACGGAGCGUCUAGCCGAGCGCAACACAGCCCUCUCCGCCGCCUUUGUGCGUCUCCAAGCCCACGUAGCGGCACUGGGACAGCAAGCGCUCGCCUCGGCGAUGGACGCCGAGUCUACGGGCAGCAUGACGGCUGAGUCGGAGAAGUCACCACUGAGCUUUCCUCUACAGCGCCGCCAACCACUACAAGCGCACCAGCCCUCCCAGCCUUCACCGCAGCACAAGAGUGCUGCGGCUUUGUUCGCCAAGGUCAGCCACGGACAGUACCACAAACCGAAGUGUGUGCGCCGAUCUACCGAUGUUCUCGUGAAGGCGAUGGACGAGGUGGUGCGCCUCGUGCAGAGUCGCCGCGGCCGCAGCGGCGACCACGACGCACUGGGGAUCACCCUUGAAAUGGCCCACUCGAUGGCAGGCCUGGCCGGGGCCGGCAGCGUUGACGACCCGGACGGCAGUGCCGACACGGUUCCCGCUCACACGCGACCGCCGCGCAUGCAGGAUGUGUCCCUGUCACCGUCCUCUCCAUCUAUGGUGCUGCCGCUAGAGGCGCCUCUCUCGGCAGAGGAGGCGACGGUCACGCGAGGCGCGCAAAGCAACGCCGCCGCCGUCGAUGACACGCUGCUUGACCAUCCCCUCACCUCUCUGCCGGGCGUGUGCUCGAUGGCGGAGGUGGAGCUGCGUAACUUGAUGGAGCGCGAUGCGGAGGUGGCUUCGCUUUGGGCGCGUCUGCAGAGCAUCCGGUCACAGCCGCGUGAUACAGGCGCCGGUCAUCAUGCCACGGAGCAGCACACAACACCUACUGGCCCCGCUGCCGACGUGACAGCUGAUAACGUCAAGGUUGUGGAGGGUGGGCUGCUGCUACGCGCCCCCAUCGCAGGCAGCACAACCGAUUCGAGUGCGGGCGGAUCAACGACUGCACUGCUCACGAGGCUCAUGACGGCGCGCGUUCUGCAAGCUGUAUGCUGGGCGGAGUGUGUGCAGACCGUUCUGCAUGAGUUGACGCAUGCGGCGGGAAUGAAUAACAUCUUCAUCGCCGGCUGCGUACACAACGCUCUCAUGGCACCGCCCGCGACGACUGUUGGCAGGUGCGGCACCGGCGCUUCGUCUGGAGUGCAGGGGCAGGGCCCACUGGAGGUGCUUGGUUACGAGUCUACGCAGGAGCAGUCAAUGGUGCUCGGGAAGGUCGGUCAUAUGAGCAAGUCGGCCACACUCGAGCUUUCUAAUACGUCGCGUGUUCGUGAAGGGUUGCGGCAGCAAGAGUGCCGGAGCCAGGGCGAGGAAGGCACGAGCGGCGUCGCGGCCUUUGUUAACAGCGACUUCCGACUGCACCGUCUGCCAGGCGCGCUGCGCUGGUCACUGAUGGCGCUGCGGCUGCUCUUCGCGUUUUUGUCAGACGCGGAGGCUCAUCUGCUCGUUAGUGGUGACCACGGCGGCGGCGAUAACCCCAAGGUGGAUGCCAAGACGGCGCGUGCGGCAGGGAAGCAUAAGGCAGGCGCCACCUCCAGCGGCGAUGGCGCGGCCGCUACGCGGGCUCCGUCAGCGGUUAGUGUGGCCAUGACGCACUGGGCGAUGUUUCUGAUGAACCUCCAAGCCGACCUGACAGCCGUGCACCACGCAGCACGACUUUACCACGCCUGGCGCUGGGGACCGUCCGCCCUCUCCGCCACCGCCGCCGCUACGACGCCAUCGAACAGGGCUGGCGGCGCGGUACACAACCGUGCAGGCGCAGCGCGCGGUGGGGGAAUCGGUGUGAGUGCGCCCAGCAAGACCACAUCAUAUGCGCGCGAGUCGGCCUCCAUCGCCGCCUCCACCGCCUCCACCGCCUCAGACUCUCUCGCCCAAAUCGCGGUGUCCCUCAGCUCCAAAGGCAAACUGCUGCUGCUGUACAUGCAAUGGCGUUUCUCUGGCUUUGCCACCACGUCCACCGACCGCGCUGUUGCGUCGACAGGCGGUGCGAACGUGUUGUCAGGGUCGGCCAAUGCAACCUCCUCAUCGCUUCCAUCCGCCGGGUUGCCAACACUCUUUACCUCUGAGGGGGACAACGACAUAGCCGCCUCUGCAGCGGCCGUGACGCCGUGCAGCGCCGCCGACUGCUCUCGCUUGCUGUGCGACACUGUGGUGCAGACAAAGCAACUGCUGGACCGUGUGCGACUCCUCCUCGCGUACACCCACGCCAUCCGCGCACGUGCCUUGAUGGCGCUGGAGGAGAGCGGGGACGAGGCUGUGGCGCAGGUGAUUGCGUCCUUCGCCUCGACAGCCGCCGCCGACUCGGACGCCCGUGUGCCGACGGAGCAGGAGAGGGCCUUCCUGCAGAGUUGA